AUGAGAUAAAUAAAAGUUCAUUAAAAAAAUGAAAGCUUAAAGUUUUUUGAGCUUACUUAAUAGGAAAUAUAAAAGUUUUAAAUUCAAAAUAUUUUUUAUUCAUUUGAAACAAUUGAAUAAUAAAAAAAAAUAAAUGAUUUUUAUGAAAUUUGUUGCAGUUAGAAAAAAGCAUAUCUCAGAUAUAUAGAUAGCUCAUAUAUUAUUAAAGAAUACGAUAUUGAAUCUAUUAAUUAAAUAGUAGAUGAUUUUGAGAGUAAAGAAUCUUCAGAUUGCAAAAACGAUAAAUAAAUCAAUUUUUUAUUUGAUUUGCGCGAUAAAUUAGUAUAAAAUUAACAUACUAAUACUAAGAAUCAUUAAAUAAUCCUUAGUACAUUUGACUAUUUGACAUUUUUCUAUAAUUCUAUCAUUUAAAGAUAAUUAAUUGUUAAAUAAAGUUAAUUUGAUGAAUUUUAAAACGGAAAAAGCAAAACCUUUGUUUUUGGAAAAAUUGAAUCAAUAAUUUAGAAUAAAAAAUCAUUUGAAAAAUUGAAAUAAAUUGAUGAUGUUGCUCACUUGUAAUUGUUUUUUAAAGCUUAUACAAUACAAUAUCUUGAAUUGUAAAAUUUAUUGGAACAGUUCUGCUAACAAUAAAACUUAUAAUCAAUCAAUUUAAAUAUAUCGUUUAAUAAUUUUAGUUAAAACGAGUUAAUAAAUUUAGGAGAGAUGAUUAAAUAAUUCAAAAACUUAAAUUAAUUAAAAUUAAUUUUAAAGCAAAUAACUUUAAAUAAUUAAUAAGAUAUAAUUGCUUCUUUAUUCAAUAAAAUUGCAGAGAAUAUCAAUAUUUAGAUUUUAGAUAUAUAAUUAGAGUAUAAUCAUUUAAAUCAAGCUCAAGCACAAAAAAUUUGCUAAGAGAUAAGUAGAUUCCCUUAGUUAAAAAAAUUAAGAUUAGAUUUAGAUUAAAAUGAUUUAGAUUCUCAUUGCAGCAUUGGAUUAUUUGAGACUAUUUCUUAGAUAAAAUCAUUAAUUGAACUAGAUAUUUCUUAAGAGUAUAACUAAAUAAACAAUGAUAGCUUUUUGAGUUAAAAAUUUUAGUGCAUAGGAAAUCUUAAUAGUUUACAAGUUUUAAAUUUAAGUUUAGGAGCUAAUUUCAUCUAAGAAAGUGCAGCUUAUUCAAUAGGAGAAGGUGUUUCUAAAUUAUAAUGUUUGAAAAAACUUUCACUUAAACUAUAAUAUUUAGAAUUACAAGAAAAUGGAGUCAUAACAAUUUUUUAAGGAAUAAAGGAAUGCAUUAAUUUAGAAUGCUUAUAAUUAGAUUUAUAAAAAAAUUUAAUAGGAUAAAGGUCUAUUUUGUAGCUAUGUAAAACAAUCACUGAGUUGCAAAAGCUGAUUUCUUUUGAUAUUGAUUUAGGAUUAAUAAAAAUUGAUUUUGAUGAUGUACUUAUUUUAUCUAAGGCUAUCAAGAAUCACAAAAAAUUAGCUUAUUUUAAAUUUUUUAUAACCCUUUAAAAUUAGAACUAGAGAUUAAUGACGAAAAGAAAUAUGCUAAAAAGUCUAAGAUUAGUUUAUUCUAAAAUAACAUUGCUAUGA